AUGGCUGCGGCGGCGGCGGCCCCUCGGGGGCGGCAGUCCGGGGAGAACCGCGCGCUCGGCCGGACGGUGAAGCUGCUGGAGCGCCUGGAAGCGCAGUGCAGGGACCCCCGGCUCACCUCGAGUCCCCCCUCUCUGCGGGACCUACUGCCCCGCAUAGAAGAGCUGCUACGCAAAGUGUCCCAGGCCCGGCGGGCGGCGGGCGGCGGCGGGGGCCCCGAGGGUCCCGGCGGCGCGGGGGACUUCCUCGUCAUCUACCUCGCCAACCUGGAGGCCAAGGGCAAGCAGGUGGCAACGCUGCUGCCUCCCCGGGGCCGAGUCGAUGCCAACGACGAGCUCUUCCGGGAGGGCUCCAGGCUCAGGCGGCAGCUGGCCAAGCUGGCCCUCAUCUUCAGCCACAUGCAUGCGGAGCUUGGUGCACUCUUCCCAGAUGGACAGUACAGUGGACACAUGUACCAAAUCACCAAGGCGCCGGCCCACGCCUUCUGGAGAGAGUGCUGUGGGACCCGGUGUCUGGUACCCUGGGCUGAGUUUGAGUCCCUUCUGCGCACCCGCCACCCCCUGGAAGUGGGCUCCACUGCCCUGGCCUUGCGCUCCACUAUUGACCUCACGUGUAGUGGCCACAUAUCCAUCUUCGAGUUUGACAUCUUCACCAGGCUCUUCCAGCCAUGGCCCACACUCCUCAAGAACUGGGAGCUCCUGGCGGUCAACCACCCUGGCUACAUGGCCUUUCUAACUUACGAUGAGGUUCAAGCACGCCUGCAGACCUACAGGGACAAGCCAGGCAGCUACAUCUUUCGGCCCAGCUGUACUCGCUUGGGGCAGUGGGCGAUCGGGUACGUGAGCUCAGAGGGCAGCAUCUUACAGACCAUCCCUCCCAUCAGACCCCUGUUCCAGGUGCUCCUGGAAGGACAAAGAAAAGGCUUCUACCUCUACCCAGAUGGGAAGAAUCACAACCCAGACCUGACUGAACUCCUCCGCGUGGAACCACACCAGCACAUCCAGGUGUCUGAGGAGCAACUGCAGCUUUACUGGGCCAUGGACUCUACGUUCGAGCUCUGCAAAAUCUGUGCCGAGAGCAACAAGGAUGUAAAGAUUGAGCCGUGCGGGCAUCUGCUCUGUAGCCGCUGUCUGGCUACCUGGCAGCACUCAGACAGCCAGACAUGCCCCUUCUGCCGCUGCCAGAUCAAGGGCCGAGAGCCGGUGAGUGUCCAUCAGCUCCCAGGGAGGCCUGUGGAGGCCAGGUCUGUGGCUUCUGAGGACUCAUGGGACAGCAGUGACCUGAAUGACAAUGAGGAGACUAUGGGGCAGGUGGUCCCCUCAGUGCCCCCUCUUCCCCCUCGGCUCGAUCUACCCCCCAUAGGACCCAGGAGCACAGGUGGACUGAAGGUGGGACCUCUGGCCCUCCCCAGACUCCGAGCCCCUUUACCCCUGCCAAAAAUCAGGACCGUGGCCUCAGUCCCUUGGGAGGCCAACUCUAGCUCCCAGGCCAGGGAGGGGCACACAGAGUAA